CCCGCGCCGGCUCCGCGGCUCCGCAGCUCACGACCGCCCGCCCGCCGGCCCGCCCGGCGCCGGGCAAUGGCGCUGCUGCGGGACGUGUCGCUGCAGGAUCCGCGCGACCGCUUCGAGCUGCUGCAGCGUGUGGGGGCCGGGACCUAUGGCGACGUCUACAAGGCCCGCGACACGGUCACGUCCGAACUGGCCGCGGUCAAGAUAGUCAAGCUAGACCCAGGGGACGACACCAGCUCCCUCCAGCAGGAAAUCACCAUCCUGCGUGAGUGCCGUCACCCCAAUGUGGUGGCCUACAUUGGCAGCUACCUCAGGAAUGACCGAUUGUGGAUCUGCAUGGAGUUCUGCGGAGGGGGGUCCCUGCAGGAGAUUUACCACGCCACCGGGCCCCUGGAGGAACGGCAGAUUGCCUAUGUCUGCCGAGAGGCACUGAAGGGGCUGCACCACUUACAUUCUCAGGGGAAGAUCCACAGAGACAUCAAGGGAGCCAAUCUUCUCCUCACCCUCCAGGGAGAUGUCAAGCUGGCUGACUUUGGGGUGUCAGGUGAGCUGACGGCAUCUGUGGCUAAGAGGAGGUCUUUCAUUGGGACUCCAUACUGGAUGGCCCCAGAGGUGGCCGCUGUGGAACGCAAAGGAGGCUACAACGAGCUCUGUGACGUCUGGGCCCUGGGCAUCACCGCCAUCGAGCUGGGCGAGCUGCAGCCCCCUCUAUUCCACCUGCACCCCAUGAGGGCCUUGAUGCUCAUGUCGAAGAGUAGCUUCCAGCCGCCCAGGCUGAGAGAUAAGACUCGCUGGACCCAGCAUUUCCACCACUUCCUCAAGCUGGCCUUGACCAAGAAUCCCAAGAAGAGGCCGACAGCAGAGAAGCUUCUGCAGAGAGGUCAGUACCAAGAUGUGGACCAGCCCCCAGUGAAGGCAGCGAUCCUUGCUGGAGCCUGCAUCUCGAGGGAAGCCCCCCCCUCCAUUGCCCCAGGCACUGACCAGGCUGCUCUGGACCGGAGCCUUUGGGCAGAUUUCCUGGUGGAGGUGUAG